AUGGCCCUCUCGAUUUCCCAGGUCUCCUUUGAGCACCACCGAACGGCCCUGGGGAUUGGCGAAGCUUCUCCCCGAAUUUCCUGGCGGUUCGAUGGGCAGGUCUCCGACUGGCAUCAGGAUUCAUACGAUAUCCAGAUCCAACGAAAAGGGCAAGUGGAAGACUUUCACGUCAACUCUCCCGAAUCCGUGCUUGUUCCCUGGCCCAGCGAGCCCCUGGAGUCGCGAGAACAGGCUACCAUCCGCGUGAAAUCGGCAGGAGGAAAGGAUCAACCCAGUAGCGAAUGGUCGGAGCCAGUCUCGGUCGAAGCAGGACUCUUGACUACCGCUGACUGGCAAAGCGCGGUUGUCGUGGCUUCCGACCGACCGACCGAAGUCAACGCCACCCACAGACCGAUCUACUUUCGAAAGGAUUUUCUCGUGGAUCCGGAUGUGUCUGCAGCUCGAUUAUACAUCACUGCAUUGGGCUUGUACGAGGCUCGGUUGAACGGCCAGCGGGUGGGCGACCAUUACCUGGCCCCGGGCUGGCAGUCGUACACCCAUCGUCACGAGUAUAACACUUACGACGUGACGGACCUGCUUCAGGACCGAGAAAACACGAUUGCCAUCACGGUUGGGGAGGGAUGGUUCUCAGGUCGUCUAGGCUGGAAUGAAAGACGUAAUAUCUAUGGCGAUACUUUGGGCGUGCUCUGUCUAUUGGCCGUCACAAACUCCAAUGGGACCACGACCUAUAUCCCCAGUGAUGACACCUGGAAGUCAAGUACGGGGCCGAUUAUCUCUUCGGAGAUCUAUAAUGGCGAGGUUUACGACACCAGGCUAGAGCAAAAGGGUUGGGAUUCCCCGGGCUUCGACCAGUCCAGCUGGCUCGGUGUCCGAGAGCUGAACUUUUCCAAGGACGCUCUGGCUGCCCCAGACGCACCCCCGGUGAGACGAGUGCAAGAGCAUAAACUCGUGGAUGUGUUUUCCAGUGCCUCGGGAAAGACUGUAUUGGACUUUGGUCAAAAUCUGGUCGGCUGGUUGCGCAUUCGGGUCCAAGGCCCGAGAGGGCAAAACAUCAGUUUUGUUCAUACUGAAGUCAUGGAAAACGGUGAGGUUGCGACGCGUCCACUUCGAACUGCCAAGGCAACCGACAAUCUAACCCUCUCGGGGGGCCACGAUGUAUGGGAGCCAUCUUUUACCUUCCAUGGAUUCCGAUAUGUUCAGGUCGAGGGCUGGCCAGCCGAGAGUUCGCUGGACACCGACGCGGUCACUGCGAUUGUGGUUCACACGGACAUGGAGCAGACCGCAUUCUUUGAUUGCUCGAGCCCUCUCCUCGGCAAACUUCACCAAAAUAUCCUCUGGAGUAUGCGUGGCAACUUUUUAAGUAUCCCUACCGACUGUCCUCAACGUGAUGAGCGCUUGGGAUGGACUGGCGACAUUCAUGCCUUCGUCCGGACCGCGAAUUUCCUCUUUGAUACCGGGGGCUUCCUCCGCGGAUGGCUCCGAGAUGCACGUUCAGAGCAGAAGGAGAAUAACUACUCGCCUCCAUUUGUCGUACCUGAUGUUCUUGGAGGAUCGACUGCGACCUCGAUUUGGGGAGACUCGAUUGUGGCCGUGCCCUGGCAGCUCUUCCAAUCCUUUGCAGACAAAAACAUGUUGCAAGAGCAAUAUGCCGGUGCCAAAGACUGGAUUGAUAAGGGUGUCCUCAGAAAUGAGGAUGGUCUUUGGAACCGAUCGACAUUCCAGUACGCAGACUGGCUAGACCCAAAAGCACCCGCAGAUGACCCUGGGGACGCCACAACGAACAAGUAUCUCGUCUCGGAUGCAUAUCUGAUUCACAGUACUGAAAUGUUGGCCAAUAUGUCAACAGCGCUUUCUCUAUUUCCGAACGCAAAGCACUAUGCCAAGUCGCGCUCCAAACUGACCAAGGCUUUUCAAGAUGCAUGGAUUUCUCAGAAUGGAACUUUGGCAAAUGAGACACAGACUGGGCUCACACUACCUUUGUACUUCCGCCUCUUUUCAAGUCCGGCCCAGUAUGACUCUGCCAUCAACCGACUGGUCAAAAUCGUCAAGGGAAAUGAUUACAAGGUCGGCACAGGUUUUGCCGGAACCCAUCUCCUCGGCCAUACAUUGUCUGAGUAUGGUGCAGCCGAUGCGUUCUAUGGCAUGUUGUUACAGGAAGAGGAUCCUGGCUGGCUGUUUCAAGUCGUCAUGAAUGGGACCACGACGUGGGAGCGCUGGGAUAGCAUGCUGGCAAAUGGAAGCGUCAACCCCGGGUCAAUGACAUCUUUCAACCACUAUGCGGUUGGGUCUGUUGGAAGCUGGAUGCAUGAGAACAUUGGCGGAUUGACCCCAGCCGAGCCGGGGUGGAAAAAAUUCAACGUCGAAGUUCGCCCUGGCGGUGGACUGAAUAAGGCCUCGACGCAGUUCAUCAGCCCUUAUGGCCGUGUGUCGACAAAUUGGACCCUCGAUGAAAGCAGCGGGACGCAUGGCUGCCCCGAAAAGCAAAAAAAACUUUCACCUAAUGGUCCAAGUGCCACCAAACACGCAAGCCACAGUGAAAUUGCCACCUGGUCGGGGGGAGAAGAAGUUUGUGGUGGGAUCGGGGGUGCAUGA